AUGGCUCCGAGGGAGCACAUCUUCUUCCUCCUACACGCCAUUCCACUCCUCUUCCUUCUUCACCUUGCUGCAUCCACAACCAGCAACGACAGUUUCAGCUUCCUAUACAAUGGCUUCUCGGGUGUCAACCUCACCCUCGACGGCAACGCCAACGUCACGCCGGAUGGGCUCCUCGAGCUCACCAACGACACCAUCAACCUCGGCCACGCCUUCUACCCGACCCCGCUGAGCCUGCGCGGGUCGCCCAACGGCACGGUGCGGUCCUUCUCCCUCAGCUUCGCGUUCGCCAUCCUCUCCGUCCACGAGGGCAUCAGCGCCGACGGCAUGGCCUUCUUCGUCGCCCCCACCAAGAACCUCUCCAACACGUGGGCGCAGUACAUGGGCCUCCUCAACAGCGGCAACAACGGCAACGCCAGCAACCACAUGUUCGCCGUCGAGCUCGACACCACCCAGAACGAGGAGUUCCAAGACAUGGACAACAACCACGUCGGCAUCGACAUCAACAGCCUCACCUCCUUGCAGGCCUACCGCACCGGGUACUACGAUGAAGGGAGCGGAUCCUUCAACAACCUGACCCUUAUCAGUGGCAAGGCGAUGCAGGUAUGGGCUGACUAUGAUGGGGAGUCCACGCAGAUCAACGUGUUCUUGGCUCCUCUCGGAUUCGCUAAGCCGGAGAGGCCACUGCUUUCGUCCCCCUAUAACCUCUCCACAGUUCUGAGAGAACCAUCGUACAUCGGCUUCGCAGCCACAACCGGCGCAAUCAGCACAAUCCACUGCGUUCUCGGCUGGAGCUUUGCCAUUAAUGGCCCUGCUCCUGCCAUUGACACAUCCAAGCUCCCAAAGCUACCACGUCUUGGUCCAGAGCCGCGCUCCAAGGUCCUGGAGAUCACCCUGCCUAUUGCCACGGCCAUGUUCGUCCUUGUAGUGGGAACUGUUAUCAUUCUGGUUGUUCGCAAAAGAUUCAGGUACAGGGAGCUGCGGGAAGACUGGGAGGUCGAUUUCGGGCCACAUCGGUUCUCCUUCAAGGACCUGUUCCAUGCAACCGAAGGGUUCAAGGAAAAGAACCUGCUUGGUGUGGGCGGGUUCGGCAAGGUAUACAAAGGGACACUCCGAAAGUCCAAACUGAAAGUGGCGGUGAAGAGAGUGUCUCACGAGUCAAGGCAAGGGAUGAAGGAGUUCAUCGCGGAGGUUGUCAGUAUCGGCCGGCUCAGACACCGCAACCUUGUGCCCCUGCUUGGUUAUUGCCGACGUAAAGGUGAACUUCUUUUGGUUUAUGACUACAUGUCAAAUGGUAGCCUCAAUCAGUAUCUGUACUGUGAAGAUGGCAAGCCAUCACUGAAUUGGGAGGAGAGGUUCCAUAUUAUCAAGGGCGUCGCAUUCGGCUUGUUCUACCUUCACGAGAAGUGGGAGAAAGUUGUCAUACACCGAGACGUUAAGCCGAGCAACGUGCUUCUGGACAGUGAAAUGAAUGCAAGACUAGGUGACUUUGGUCUCUCAAGGCUGUACGACCAUGGCACUGAUCCACAAACCACACAUAUGGUUGGAACCAUGGGAUACCUGGCGCCUGAGUACGUCCACACGGGCAAGGCAUCCACUCUGACGGACAUGUUUGCAUUCGGCAUAUUUCUCCUUGAGGUCACUUCUGGGCAGAGGCCUAUCAAGCAGAACCCAUUUGGCAACAAACAUACAUUGGUUGACUGGGUUAUAGAGCGCUGGCACAACGGAUCGCUCAUGGAGACUGUGGAUCCGAGACUGCGGGGUGACUACAACAUCGAUGAUGCAUCUUUGGUGCUGAAGCUAGGGCUUCUAUGCUCGCACCCUUUUACUAGCGCAAGGCCCACAAUGCGACAUGUCAUGCAGUACCUCGAAGGUGAUACACCACUCCCAGAGCUAACACCAGCACAUUUCAGCUUCACUAUGCAGGCCUUGACGCAAAACAGAGGAUUGGAAUCACCAAAUGUGCAGUAUCCUCAGUUAUCGACGAGUUUUGCCACUUUUUCCAGCCUCUCAGGAGGAAGAUAA